GUUAGGUUAAUUUCUUUUUUGAAAUUAACAUUAUUCAUGCUUAAUUAAAUUGACAAAAAAAAAUUCUCUCAUUCUUCAGAAUAUUUUCAAACUGUAAUAUAAAGUCUGGCUUUUUAUUCCUCAUCAUCAGAAGUAUAUAUAUAUUAUAUCUGAAUUUCAUACUUUUCGCAAGAUCAAAGUUUAUACUCAUAACUCGAACGCACGAGAUGCUCUCUAAAAAUAAUAUCUUCAAAUAGAUAAAGGAUAAGAUUCUCGGAUCUUGCCCAAUACUAUUUUUUUGUUCAUGAUAAUUCAGUGUUUUUAUCAAAAAACAAAAACAUUUUUUCGCAAUAAAUGCGUAGACAUAGUUUAAGCCAUUAAAGUAUAAAUUAAUAACGUUGUUCGAAAACUAAGGUACAAAAUAGAUUCCCACUAUUUUUUCAACUCAUCGCUACUGAAGUUUGAAAAUGAGAAGUCGAAAAAGUGUAUCACGAGAAGAUUCUUCUCUGCCUGGUGACGAUUUUGAAAUAGGCGAAAGAAAGAGAAAAUAUCCUCCUCAAACCAUUCCGUACUAUUAUGGAAUCAUUUUUUGUUUUUUCCUUCUGCUAUUGUUGCGGUUUGUUGUUUUUCUCGAUCAGAGAUUGCCUACUCCUUUGAAGAAAGAUGAUGAGUCUCAAUAUCCCGAAAGAUUUAUAGCAGAGAGGGCUCAAGAGGAUCUGAAAUAUUUAACAGAUCUUGGUCCCCGUGUGGUGGGCUCAUAUGAAAAUGAGGUUCUGACUGUAGAGUUUUUGAAGAAGCAGAUACUGGAUAUAAUUCAUGAAGCAGAUAAAAGUCAAGAAAUCCAGUUAGAUGUACAGGUUGUCAGUGGUUCUUACUUUUUAGGCUCUAAACCUACUGGAAAGAUUAAUAUGUAUUCUAAUGUACAGAAUGUCAUAGCAAAAUUAUAUGGACGAGAUUCUAACAAUUCUUUGUUGCUCAAUGCUCACUUCGAUUCUGUACCUACUAGUCCUGGUGGCAGCGACGACGGUAUAAACUGUGCAGUAAUGCUGGAAAUCCUCCGAAAAUACUCAAAACGGAAAAUUCGCCCGUUACACAAUGUGAUAUUCCUCUUUAAUGGUGCUGAAGAGUCGGCUCUACAAGCUAGUCAUGGUUUUAUUACUAAGCAUAAAUGGGCUAAAGAAAGCAGGGUUGUAAUUAAUUUGGAAGCAGCCGGAGCCGGUGGCAAAAUUGUGAUGUUUCAAACUGGCCCCAAUAAAAUUUGGUUGAAUGAGGAUUAUGGAAAAGUUCCUCAUCCAAGGGGACAAGCUGCUUCAGAAGAAUUAUUCCAAGCAAAUGUUAUUCCAUCUGAUACAGAUUUCAGGAUAUUUAGGGACUUUGGUAACAUGGUUGGUAUAGACAUGGCAUUUGUUAAAGAUGGUUACCGUUAUCACACAAAAUAUGAUCGUUUUGAUAAUAUACCUUUGGGCUCUUAUCAACAUGUUGGCGAUAACGUUAUGUCUCUUGUAGAAAACAUGGCAAACAAUCCCGAGUUGGGAGAUGAGAAUGCCAAGUCAGGAAAAGUAGUGUUUUUUGAUUUCUUCGGAGGAUUUUUUGUAUCCUACAGUACCACAACUGCUCUCUUCGUCAAUUUGAGCGUGUUUGUUCUAUCAUUGCUGACGUUUUUCGUGAGUUUAGGAAGAUUUAAUUUGGGAAUUACAGUGAAUACCGUCUUUUACUUCCACCAAAUUCUUGCUGUGACACUUUUUGGUUGGUUAUUGUCCUUUCUGGCGGUGAUAUUUUUAGCAUACCUUAUUGAUUUAUUGGGAUAUGGAAUGAGUUGGUAUGGGCAUCCUUGGUUGGUAUUAGGGAUUUUUGUGAUUCCCACUAUUAUAACUUCCACACCAAUGCUCCUGCUAAUAAAGCCUAUGCAUAUCUCCCGCAAUGCCAAUUCUUUCAUACAAGCCCAGAUAAUUCGGCUGAUUUGGAGCUCAAUUAUGUUAAUAAUAACGUUAUUAGGUAUAAGAACUACCUAUCCGUUCUUGAUGAUAGUUUUAUUUGACACCUUGGCAUAUGCUGUAAUUCUUUUAUUGGGAUUGGAACAUUCAGCAUCAACCUGGAAAAUCGUCUAUGUAAUAUUAUCACUGAUACCUACAUCUUUCUCAAUGAGCAUCAAUAUUGAAUUAUUUGAUUUCUUCAUUCCGCUAACUGGAAGAAUUGGAAGUAAUAAAAUACCUGAUAUUAUCAUAGGAUUUGGAGCUGUUUUUUCCACCUUGUUAACUUUGACGCCUUACUAUUUUUUGGUAUCGACGUUGGAUAAGCCUAAAAAUUUUUACAAGAUAUUGGGUACCAUAUUUGCUGUAUGCUUGGUGAUCGUCUUCACACCUUUAGGAUUCCCGUAUUCUGGAAAUUAUGAAUCGCCAACACCUCAGAGAUUUUGGAUUAUGCAUAGCCAGAGAACCUUUCACGGAGAAGAUGGCGGAAUUAUAAAGAGAGAUUCUGGGUACUUCUUCUUGAAUAUGGACAGAAACUCGCCAAGAAGUGUUGCUCGAUAUGUAGAUGACCUGAAAAGAACUGCAGACCUUGAGUCUGACUGUAACAAUUUUCUCCUUUGUGGUUUGCCAUUAGCGCAUCCCAAGAUGUGCGAAGUUGUGAGGUACAGUACAUGGAUACCCUCAUCUUCGCCAAUUAUACCCGAUCCUGUGAACUUGAAAGUGAAUUCAAAAACACAAAUUUCGCCAACCUUAUUUCGAUAUAACUUAACAAUAUCUGGUCCUGAUCGAAUAAUGUUUUAUUUGUCUCCAAAGAAAGAUUUGAAAAUGAGCAAAACAAGUCUUUUGGAUAAAAUAGACGAUGAAGUAUUCUGGAAUGAUCGCCCAUAUUACUUUUUUGUCUAUACGUGUGGAAAAGAAGUGACGCCAAUAAAUGCUGUUUUCGAUAUUGAAGUACCGAUUAAUCAUACGGGACCAACAAUGGAUAUUGCUGUCGCUGGAAAUUAUGUGCAUCCUAAGAAAUUUCGAAUAACUCCAGACUUUUCUAAGUUUUUAGCCAAAUUUCCAGACUGGGCUGAUUUGACUGCUUGGGUCGCCAACUAUCAUUCAUAUGUGAUAUGAAACAGAUACGUUUCUGAACAAAGAAAGACAGAUGCUACAACCAAAUGGAGUAGAAUUUAAGAAAAAGUGAUAGAUGCAAUAAGAGAAAAAAUAUUUUACAGCGAUUUUUAAAAAUAAAAUGUGUUUUUAAUUCGCAUAUGGAAUAAAUGCUUUCUUUAUACUUAAUUUUUUACAAUACUUUCCACUAAUAAAUAAUAUCUAUGUUGA